CCUGGUGCAGCUUGUGAGCGGCUGAAGGAGGCCAUUGCAGCUGGAGCGGCUUUGACUGAGCUGGGUGAGGAGUCGGAGUCUCGGAGACGCUCGCCGUAGGGAAAGAUCUUGAAAAGCGUGCCAGCUGUUGGGAGGCAACCUACAUGACACUGCAUCAUGACCGAGAAUAAAUGUGACAGUCAGUUUUACAGCGUUCAGGUUGCAGACUCUACAUUUACUGUACUGAAAAGAUAUCAGCAAUUGAAGCCAAUUGGCUCGGGGGCUCAAGGCAUUGUUUGUGCUGCAUUUGACACAGUCCUUGGAAUCAAUGUUGCUGUAAAGAAGUUGAGUCGUCCCUUUCAGAACCAAACACAUGCAAAACGAGCUUAUAGGGAACUUGUGCUUCUAAAGUGUGUCAAUCACAAAAAUAUAAUUAGUCUGUUAAAUGUAUUCACACCACAGAAGUCACUAGAAGAAUUUCAAGAUGUGUAUUUAGUAAUGGAACUGAUGGAUGCUAACUUAUGCCAAGUUAUUCACAUGGAGCUGGACCAUGAACGAAUGUCCUACCUUCUGUACCAGAUGUUGUGUGGAAUCAAACAUCUUCACUCCGCUGGUAUCAUCCACAGAGAUUUAAAGCCCAGCAAUAUAGUAGUGAAAUCCGAUUGUACUCUCAAAAUCCUUGACUUUGGACUUGCAAGGACGGCAUGUACUAAUUUCAUGAUGACCCCAUAUGUAGUAACUCGGUAUUACAGAGCACCAGAGGUUAUUCUUGGCAUGGGAUAUAAAGAGAAUGUGGAUAUCUGGUCUGUUGGGUGCAUAAUGGCUGAAAUGGUCCUCCAUAAGGUCCUGUUCCCAGGAAGAGAUUACAUUGACCAGUGGAAUAAAGUUAUUGAACAGUUAGGUACGCCGUCAGCAGACUUUAUGAAAAAACUACAGCCUACUGUGCGUAACUAUGUAGAAAACAGGCCAAAAUAUCCAGGUAUCAAAUUUGAAGAACUCUUCCCAGACUGGAUAUUUCCUUCGGAAUCUGAUCGUGACAAACUAAAAACAAGUCAAGCAAGAGAUUUGCUAUCAAAAAUGCUAGUGGUAGAUCCAGAUAAACGAAUAUCAGUUGAUGAAGCUCUGCGACAUCCAUACAUCACAGUUUGGUAUGACCCUGCAGAAGCUGAAGCACCACCACCUCAGAUCUAUGAUGCACAGUUGGAAGAAAGAGAACAUGCCAUUGAAGAAUGGAAAGAAUUAAUAUAUAAAGAAGUAAUGGACUGGGAAGAAAGAAAUAAGAAUGGUUUGGUAAAAGAACAGCCUUCAGAUGCAGCAGUGAAUAGCAACACCAGCCCUUCCCAAUCAUCAUCUAUCAAUGACAUUUCAUCCAUGUCAACAGAACAAACAUUGGCUUCAGAUACAGACAGCAGCCUUGACGCCCUGACAGGAACGCUUGAAGGAUGCCGGUGAUCGGUUUAGCAGACACAGCAUUAGCAAAGAAACUUUUGCUUCUGUUGGUCCUGAGUUGCAUAUAAGUGUAUGGAACCAAGUAGAAAAGCUCCAUGUUCUGCAUGUUCCUUUAAAGUAAUGCCUGUGAUUUUACUCAGUUGCAAUAAGACUGUCUGCUUAAUAUUAUAGAAUGAAAGCAACUUUGUAUUUCAGAGGCAACACAAAUAUGCACAUUACUGUAACCUAUUUCUGUUUUGACCUAUAUCAGGUGAGCAGUUAAAUAACUCAUGAACAGAUGAGUUCAUGGAUACCUUGUCAGACUUCUGAAGUAUACGCAUAACUAAUACAAUUUCACAAAAAAGAAAGCCAUUGUAAGUGUUGUUGAAUGUAUAUCCUCUUUUUGAAAUGUGCGAUAACAGACAUUUGCCAUAUUGGUGUAUCUUACUGGAAUUCUCAGUACUGUAGAAGCAAUUGUUUUUAUGCAUAGCACUCUUUUCUUGAGGCCUUUUGCUCUUCAUCUCUCAAUAAUUUUGUAUGCUUUCCCCAUAGAAGGAGUAAGCUUGUGAAUUAUUGCUUUGUCUUCACAUCUGAAUGUGACUCUUUAUCUGAAUGUGCAUUUUGAUUCUUUUAUUUUGGGGGUAAGUAGCGUAAGCAAAAGUAUGUCAUGGAGGAAUUUUUCUUAACUCUUGCAUGCAUCUAUGCAUUUAGUGUAUGUUUUUUUAAUUAAGAUGUUGUUGGCCUUUUUAUAAGCAAUUCAUUCUGAUGUGUAGAUAUCCUUGCCAUUUUUUAAAUGUCCUACUGGGAUGGCCUCUCUUUUUCCUACUGUGCAGUUCAAAACUGAUCAAUUAUGAAUGUCAUGAAGAGAUUUUGGAGUUUGCCUGUCUUCUGGAGUAAACAUUACCGGGACUUGCUUCUGUUGUGUGUUAAAGGGACCAUUACACAUCAUAUAAAUGCUCUUAAACAGACAUCCAGAAUAAAUUGAAGGGCUGCACUAUUAUUGCAAAAAGUGAGAGGCACUAUUUUAAAUACUGUGCCAUGAAAAAAAUGACUGAAUUUUUAAGGAAAAUUCUUUAAAUAUUAUUGUGUGUUGUUCCCCCCUGUGAUCAACAGUUGCAAAUUUCAAGGGAAAACACACGUCUUUUGCCAGCUUAUUGGGAAAGGGUGGGCAGGGGUGGUGGAGAGUUCUAGCUCAAAGAAUGAUAAUCAGUUAUAUCUUGAUCAUGAGCAAAAUCCACCCAGCAAGUAUUUACAAAGAAUUUGCUCCUUUGUGGGUUGCCAAACUGGUUAUUGGAGAUGGUGUGGUAGAAUAAAAUGGUGAAACAAUCCUGCAUUUUAACCAGUUAUUCCUGAAUGCUGAGAAAUUGCUCAUGUGUGCAUGGGAAAGGGGUAUGUGCUAGGUUGGCAUAUCUUUGUUAUUCUCAACAACCAAAUACAAAUUGCAUAUGCCACCUUUCUUUUCUGGCACCAGCACCAGCACUUUACAAACUAACUAGUUUUUUGUGGUGUAACUUUCAUGGGCAAUAGUGACUUCAACAAAUACCCUUCAGAUUACUUCUAAUACAUUGCUGCAUUCUUUUUCUGGUUUUGUCUGUUUGCCACUGCGAGCUGACAAAACAUGUGCUCUAGAGUUUGCUAUUGAGUCUUGGAGCUAUUUCACAUAUGCAUGUAAACCCAUUGGUAUAAUGUUGCUUGAUGCACAGCUGAACAUGUGAAUUGCCUCUCUUGAAAAUAUUGUGCUGUAUGUGCGAAAGCUGUACUUAAAUAUGCAACAUAAUUUGUUGGCCUUCAUUGAGCAGUGUGUUCAUCUGUAAAUUUGUUCUUAGAUUAUUGUGAUUCCAAAGAAAUGAAGUGUCCUGUUCUCAGACAUAUUUACAUAGACAUAUCUUUAAUUGCUGUAGACCUUGAUUCCAAGUAAAUGUGUUCAAUGAAAGUAACAGUUGGAUAUUUCAAAGAGCCCUUGUAAAUUUAUCAGCUGGGAUCCUCAUAGCUCCAUGGGCAUCCUAAAAAUAUGCCUGCACCCAUACUGGGUUUUUCUGAUUUCAGCUUGCCACAUCAUAGCCAAUGGUACAUUGAGUAUCCCCUAACUUUUAGGAAUGGGAAAACCUGGGAUAAGGAAGGGGGCUGAAAAACUUCUAUGCAUUUGUGUGGAAGUCUCACUGUAUCUCAGCCGUGUUUGUUCCCAAUUUUUUUAAAUAGAUGGACCUGUAAGCAUUAUGCCUCAGAGUAUCGUAAGUACAAAAUAUUGGAUUAAGUCCCAAAUCUAAAGAGAAGGAAAAGAGAAAAAGAUAAUAGAGAUGAGCUAGAUGAGAAAAUCAAAUGAAAGAGCAAUUUACCUGACAGUUUGACUCCUAAAGUUUGAUUCAUUAAGUUGACCGUGCUGUAUAAUAAAAUGUCUCAUCUAAAUGGGGAGAGAACACAAAUUUCCUGAGUUUUUGUUUGUUUUUGCCAAAGUUUGCUUGUAAGUACUGUUGUUUUAGAGCUUAAAAACCAAUCUGAGAGAAAAUUACUUAUUUAUUUUCCAAUUUAUUAAGGUGGUUAUUUGAUGGUAAUGUUUUCAGUGAAAACUAGAGUAUGCUGAAUUGAACAUGCAACUGUCCCUUCAUUCGUGUUUGACAUGUUUUUUUCUGUACGGAGUUCUAGUGAAAAGCUUCUCACUUGGAUUCUGCUUCAAGGUGCAUGUGUAUUGGCUAUGCCGCUAUGAAAUUAAAUUUUGAGUACACUGAAGACAGUGUAGAAAUCGAACUAUUCGCUGUAGAAAAAUGAGUAAUGCAUGGCAAUGUAUGUUUUUUAACAUGGCAAUUUAUUUUUUUAACUUUAAUUUUUUAGUAAAGGUGUUCACCAUUCAUAUUAACUAAUUAGCACAAUUAAAAUAAGAAAGCAGGAACUGAAAUUGCAUGCCGCUUACUAGCUUCAGAUGACAAAAUUAAAGAAGCCAAAGACUUGAAUCUAACUCUUCUACUGUCGACCAAUAUAGCUACCCUCUGAAACGAUCUAAUAGAAAUGCAGUUACUUAUAAAUUAUGGUCAGAAAGGUCUGGACGUAAAAGUAUUUCAGCAGUGGAAUCUUCUUCCUAGAAAGGUGGUUAUCUCCUCCUCUCUGACAUUCUUCAAACAGUGGCUAGCUGAACACUUGUCAGGCUCCAGGCUGAUCCAACAUUCUGCAGGGGGCUAGACUAGAUGACCUGUAUGGCCCCUUCCAACGCUAUGAUUCCACAUUUUCUCUCUGUGUUGUGCUGCCCUAAAUAGUAGCAGCAGAAUAUAAGAGUUUGCACUGAUUCAGGAUAAGAAAAAAGGAAGCUUUUAAUAGUGCCAGCUCUGAAACAGGAGUACCAUGUGAAAGUUUGGAGUAAGUUUUGGGAGAGGUUGGUUGAAAUAGAGAUUAUCUUAUUGAGACAUCAUGAAAAGUGAGGUGAACAGCUCUGUCCCUUUAAUAUGGCUAUUAGGUUGCACAACCCAUUAAAAUAGUAAAAUAUAUGAGGGCAAGGACUUAGGGUAUGCUGGCGUCGAUGGCCUAGCAGACCUAAGUUGUAUGAUUUGUACCUUCCUUCUCUGAGGCUGGAGGAGGGACAUGCCAGCUCAGUAGUGUUUGAACUCCACUCCAUCUCCAAAACAUCUUGCUGUGUAUCUUUACUCUGCCUCCUGCCCUGAGGGUUUAGGGCAUGUAGAACUGGCCAUUUCUCAUUCCCACUUGCUACUUUAACCAAACACGGCAUAGAUAAGAGGAAGCUGUUAGCAAGCUACUUUGCAGUACAGGAGUUUGAUGUUCCAUGACCCAAUUUAGCCAGGACCAUCAUGAUUUCUGGAGUCCUGUUGUGGGGAAUGAUUUUCCCUCUAGCCUUCCUAACUGUAAAGAACCAGCUAUACUCUUCGCAUUAUGCGUGGUUGUAUUAGCUGAAGUUGAAGCCCAAGAACGAGGUAUUGUAAGUAGCUACUUGUAGAAAUUCUGCUUACAACUGUAUUCCAGUUAUAUUUUACCUUAUACAUAUCCCAGUUAUAUUUUACCUUACCUUACUAUAAUUGUUGACUGGCUGUUGUGAGUUUUCCGGGUUGUGUGGCUAUGGGUCUGGUAGUUUUUGCUAGUAUAACCGCACAGCUUGGAAAACCCACAAAACCAGUUGAUUCCAGCCAUGAAAGCAUUUGACAAUACAUAUAAUUGUUGAGCACACAACUCUUAAGUUCACACAGAGGUAAGCAAACAAACUGCCAUAGUUUUUGCUUUGCUUUAAAUGCCUGAACUAAUUUUUCACAUCCUCCAUUUUUCUCCCCAAAGCUUCAGAGCUAGAUGAACAUUAGAUAGCUUUAUUACUGACUAGAUAUUUCCCUGUCAGUGAGAUUCAGAAAAUGAAAGGGUAACAUGGUGUCUUCUUUCAUUGUGAUAUUUUUUAUUUAAUACAUCUUAUUUUGUAAAUUGUGUUCUGAAAUGAAGCAAGUUGCAGAUUGUGGUGAGAAGAGGAAAUCAAGAGUGAAUAUUUUUGAGGCAAGGGAGGACUGUGUGUAUACUCUGAAAGCUCUGGGCUAAGUAUGUGAAUGUAAUUGAAUUCUAAGGCCAAACCCACAUGGAUGUUUUUCUCCACCUUGGCUUUCAAAGUCCAAUAAGAUUUUUGGAGCAUCCAUAUGACAUUGUCCACUAAUCUUCCAAUUUACACUCCCUCCCCAUCUUCAUACUUUCUCAAAUGUGGCUUAGCAUGAUAUUUGUGAAAAGAAUGCAAACAAAGCAUAUUAGUAAGGUGCAUAGUUUUGAAGGACCUAUCCACCGGGUCGCCAUUUUCCUUCUAACUGGCCAUUGUAGCUACUAUUUUUCCUGCUGUGCCUAUGGAAGAUUUUUGAGGGAUUUUUUUUCCAGUAGUUAUUACUCUUGUGCUAUAUCUCUGCAAUAAAAAAGGCAAGCUGAGAAUUCAGAGUAAUUAGUAAAUUAUUAUAAUCUGCUAUGCGUUAAACUUUUACCAGAUUUUAACCCACCCACCCCCGAAACACUCUGAUGGUGUGGCAGAGCAGAAGAAGUGGAGGUUAGUGGAAAAGAGUGUGCACAAGGACAUUCCAUUGCUAUUAUGUAUGCAUUCUUGGCACUGCUGACAGGAAAACGUAGAGUCCUUGCUGUGUAGAUGAAGCCUGAGUGUGUGAGCUGCAGUUGUUUAGCAGUCCGGGAAAGUCAGUGUGCCCGUGCUAAGAUACUCUUUCCCCCAUAUUCCAUUAUCUAGUUGAUACUAAAACCACACAUGUUGUGCAUCUUAAUGAGUUAUGACAUGAAUUAAGUCAAUGGAAGGGAAGUACAAUGCUUGUAAUGUGAAGAGGGGAGUUGUGAAACAAGAACCUGGUUUUGGCUUCGUUGCUCCAAGGAGCGGGACUACUAAGAGUAGAUAGUUAUUUGGAGAAGCGCCCUAUGUACUAUGGUUGUAGCUUGUUAGUAUCAAAGAUGGGGUUAGGUAUACAUGUGCUUUAAUGUGCCUGGAAGAUGUGCUCUUGUUCUGUAAAUUUUGCUUCUCAAUUUUAAUCAGAAAUAUGUGCUUCUAAGCAUAUACUUAACAUGUUCUCCUUAUUGCUCAGCAACUUUAGCAUUCCUGUGCCCUUCUUAUAUCCUUACACUUAUUUUCCAUGGAUUCACUGACUGGAAUUUGUGAAAUCGCCUGUUUCUUUGCCUUGAUACUUCUUGGCUAUAAAGGUAUCAUUGCAGGCUUUGGCUUUUUUCAUUGAUUUUGUCACCUGAAGCCAGCUAGUGGCAUGCAUUUUAAGUUCCUGCCUUCUACCUGGGACACAUUUAAGUCUGAACUGUUGUUGGCUGGCAGUUGACUACCAGAUCAGGCUGCCCAUGGAAAGCCAGAUGUGUCAGAAAGAAGGCUAAGUUAGAAACUUUCCCCAUGACCAAGCUUUACAUGUACAGAGAACAUUUUUGUGCAGAGGAGCAUACAAAUCAUGUGAUUCCCCUAGUUUGAUAUAUUACAACCCACAAAUCAUAUGUGCUCCUAAUUCCGAACACUCAUGCAGAUAAGUCUACUAUUUUCAUCUACAAAAUGUUGGCGGGUAUUACUUAGAAUUUCUCAGAAGCAACCAAGGGUAGCCUCAUAACACGGUCUAAACAAAAUCUUAUUUUUGGACCUCAGAAGAAAGACAGCUCAAAUCUGCAGUAACACCUUUCCUAUGUAUUCUGUGACAGAAAAACCAAACCAACUUUGAAGUAUGUUCGUUCAGCAUGCUUUUGAUUUCAGGAAUUCAGUUGGUAAUUUUUUUUCUCUUGUGCUCUCACUCUGUAGGAGUCUCAGCAGCACCUAUUUCUGUAACAGCUCAGAGCUACCUAUUCCCCUGCUACUUAGGCUGCAUACUUCUCUGCUCUGGUUAUGUAAGCGUAUUUUAAAAGUUCGUUAUCUUGUUCUCUCCAUUUUGAAAAAUAGCAUCUUCUCCAGCAGUUUUGACUCAGUAGAUGAAUAUGGAAUUAAAAUUUGCAGCUGGUUAUCUUCUCAUUUAGAUAAUGUUCUGCAACCCUGUGAAGCAGGUGAUGGUUCUUGUGAGUGGUUCCUAUGAAGGCUGAGCACUGGUUAAGAGAGAUGAGGAAGGGAUAGAACUGAAGUGACAAGGCAGUUGGCAUAGAGCUGAGAACAUAUGACACUGUGGCCCACUCUUUGUUUUUUCAAUACCGUUAGCAUUUGGGGAGUAUUAUUGCUGCACUAUUCCUAAGAAUAGGUAAUGGCUCAAUUUUAGAACUAACUCAUCAAAUAGUUCUAACUUUGGAUUUGUAAUUGACUGAAUGGACUACUGAUGAGUAAGAAUUAAGACUGAAGUCUAAGCCUGAAGCAUAAAUUUGCACAACUGAUCUUGUUGCCGCAAAAGAAUGUAAGUGCAAAUGCAAAAUGGAUUUUAACUAAUCCAUGUUAUUUUAAAAACUCUAGCCUUGAGGCAUGUAACGUUUUUCAGUUAUAUCACUUCUUAUUUUUUUAGCUCAAGUACAUUAAUUUCGAGAUUUUUCUCUCUUCUGUUUUAGUAUGUGUGAGAUUCAAAUAUUCACAUUUCUAAAGAGAAUUGAAUUGUGUAGGUAAAUGAGUACAGCCUUUAAGUACUAAAAUCCUGUCAUGAGCCUGACUACUACACCAUACUCUUGACAUUACUAUGAAAUCUUUGAAUGGUCAGAAUUUGUCAAUAUACUUAACUGCUCACCUGAAAAGGGAAAUGGAGAUAACUGGCUAUUAAAAUGUUUAAUUUCUAUAUUCUAAAUAAUACAUAAAAUAUACGUAGUUGAACAGCAUUGCAGACAUGGAGUAAAUUUUAAAGCUGUGGUUUUUUUGUACAUGCCUUUGCCAUUUCCUCAGAGACAUGUAAGAAAUUAGUGAGACAACUCUCAAUGUGAACCAUUUGUAAAAUGUGCUUUGAGGAAAUGAUUCAGUGUGAACAACAUGCAUAUUUAUGAUAUCAAGAAAGGCAUGUGUCUGCACAGAGCAUAUCAAAGGGGUACCAGAGCUUUUCCUUGUAAGUUGCAGGAAGCUGUGGGAAAGAACACAUACGGGACUUUCAGUAGGGAGAUGCAUGCUGCAUGUUAGAGCAGAAGUAUGAAAAAGAGCAUGACAGUCAAUUGUGUUUAUUGUUGCUGCUUCCUGUAAUGUGUGGGGAAGCCCUGAGUAGAUUAUACAACAACCUUUGGAAAAUAGCUGUCUUACUGCGAAGAAACUUAAAUUCUUACAGAACACAGGGUGGUUACACCUUGUUAAAAGGGUUUCUUUUUGAACCGGAUCAUUUGCUUUUAAAUUGACAAAGUGCCCAUAUGCAUUAUUUGCUGCAGGAUUUUUUUAAAAGUCUUGUACACUCAUUGACUCAUCCCUUGAAGUCCCUCGUUGCAGCAUCGGCUGCUUAACAUUAAAUCAGUUUCUGCUGCUGUUACUGGUUUUAUAUGAAUUUGGAGGGAGGGACCAGAAUCCAAAGUACCAACUUGGGAUUGGCUGUGCCUUCAGAGGUUUCUCAAUAUUUCCCUUUAAGAAGCAGCUUUCUUUCCCCUGGGCUCUAUGGCAGACUUUUUCUUUUUUUUAAUUGCCUUCAGUUUCGAAAGAUGCUUGCCGUGUUCUAUCAGGGGCAGGUGCUGCAGUUUUCCAAAUCCCUUGGGCAUUUAGAAUUAGCCUGGUGAUUUUUUGGAUCUAGUUUCCUGGGUAUGUAAGAGGUGUGAACAACAAUUUAGUGGUCUGACUUUUAAAAGAAAAAUAUGUGUGUAUUUAGUAAAUGUGUGCUGGGUUGAGUUCCACUCACCAAGCCAUAGCAUCUCAAGACUGAGACUGUUUUCCAAAACAAAAUUGAUGGCUCUUAUAAUAUGACAGAUGUAUACUGCAUAGAACUUAUUAUAAGAUGUAUACUGCAAAGCAUUUCUUAUCAGUGUCUGAAAAAAUUUCCUUCAAGUGCAGAUUCAGCCUUUCUUGACCCUGCUACUUGGACUAUUGGCUCAGUCUUGCAGCAAUAUAGAAAGUAAAUGGGUCACAAGUAGAGGCAGAACUGUUGAAAAAUCUUGAUUGAUCCUUGUAAAUCCAAAAUCUAAUAGUGUCUGUAAAUGCCACACAUAAUAGAUGAAGUCAAUGUAUGUAUUAUGGAAUUGAUCAGGGCUUGAUGCUAAGCUUAGUGAUACUGUUAGAGCCAAGUUCUUUUCUGGUGAUGUGCACACUUAAAUAUUUUACUUGAAAUGAAUGUGAUAUGCACAUCUGCUUCCAGAUACAGAACUUGGACUCAGGUUAAAUUCCCACAGCUGACUUACCUGAUCGUGAAAUUCAUUACUUCACCAUGAAUUGUAUUGAUAUCACUUUUUUACAUGUGGGUCUGACUAACAGUGAACCAAAAUUUAAGAUAAUUUGUUAAGUUCUCUUUAUAAAAAACAUUUAUGUAAUAAAUGCUGUGUUUUGGCCUCUAUGCAUGUUGAUAAUCUCUUAUAAUAGAAAAUUAUAAGCCAUCUUCUCUUAAUAUCUUUGCAAGUCAAGAGGAGACCCCCACAUUCUUAUUGUUGAGCUACAAAACAAUUAUAAUUUAUAUUUAUGAUGUUGAGUCUUGUGGGUUUUAUAGAAAAACCUAUGUCAUCCAUUUCAAUACCUUUAUGAAUUUUUAAAAAUAAAAAACAAAUAUUGUCUUGGAAGUUGGUUCCCAAAUUCAAUCUAUUCCCAUAUUCAGAAUUGACUAAAAAAGAAAAAAAACUUAAAGUGUAUUUAAGGUUUUAAAAUUUGUAUGUAUUUAAGACAAAACUUUUUACUUUGUCAUGCUGCUUCUUCAUUUUUCUGAAAGAGUGCCUGCAUUUUUGCACAGCAAUUAGUUUCAUUACUUAUUUUUGAAGCACUUUAGGAUUCUUCUAAACACAACCAUGCCUCCUUUCUAUUGUUACACUAUUUUUACAUAUUGAAAGUAUAUAGACUUCAGUUACUUGCAAAUGAAAUGCCUCUGAAUGGAGGUCUUGACAUGGGGCAUGAGAGCCAUAUUUUCCUACCCACUUGAGGUAUUUGUGCGUGGACAUCAACAUGAAUAUCACACCAGAUUAUAUGGAAGCAAGAAGCUUGUGCAUCUUUCCUAUAUUAUCUAGUUUGCUCCUUCUGCUGUAUCAAGGAAACAAGCUAUGAGCUCACAUUCCUUCCCUAAACAAAGGGAUAAAACUGGAUGGGGAUAUGGAAGGUACUCUCAAGCUUCUAAUUUCCUGUAAAAGGCUGACAUGCCGAAUGCACACGCAUGCCAUGGAGUGAAUGAGAGGGAAAUUGGACUUUCAUGUGCCCUGUGCAGGAGGAGAAUCCCUGCACUGGUGGGCAUUGAACACAGAGUGGACUGCAUCAGGCCCUUUGUGGGGUUUGAGGGAAUGGGGCGGACUCUGGCUCUAGAACCAGCAUAUCACUUUUAACAACGAAACUAUUUUCAAAAGUUUGGGGCAUACAUUUUAAUGGAUUAAAACUUAAUGUGCUCUAAACAUUAGCUGGGUAUAUUUGUUUUCUCCAGAAUAAAGGUACAUUUCAAAUUCUGUGGAGUUGAGCAAUCGGAGCCUUGAUUGUAGCGUUUCGUUUUAUUAACCAUCUUUUUUUGCUAUUCCUCAAUAAGUUAGGUUUUUGCUGUUAUAGUCUUGUGGUACCCAGAGAACCUUGUAGGGAUUCAAGCCCCUUAUUGUAUAUACACUAUAGAUUGCAUAAGUUAAAACUGUCUAAAGAGAGGAUCUAAUUUCCCUGAAAAGCCCUGGUCCCCCUGUUACAUGUUCACAUGCAUGUUUGCAGAGAUAGGGCUUUAGUGCUGCACUGUGUGCCUUAGAUUGAAAUACAGAGAACAGAUUCAUCAUCCUUCAUCAUAAUGAAGGUGAACUGUGUGUGUUAAGGAUGACCAUAUUUAACUGGUUGCUGAAGCUGUAUACUUGCUUUCUCAAAGCAGAUAAUACAAUGAGGUGCUAUAAUCUUCUAGGGGAAAUAAGUGGUGACUAAAACAAAAACCGAUGUGCACAAUUUUGUAAUGACUUUUUGAUGCCUAGAUGAAUUUUUCAACUAAAGUUGGCAUAGCAAUAUGGUUGACAUUUUAUAUACAUGUAUUUUUAAAUGGCUGGUCAUUUGCAUUUAGCUGUAGUGCUUUUCCAGCAUUUUGAGGAUUUGCUUUUCAAAAAAUAUGGAUUAUUACAGAAAGGGUAGAUUUCUACAGAAGGACUGUUGCUUCUUUUGAGAUUUUUGCUGAGAAAUGUAGUAAACCUACAUUCAAAGGCCAGGCAUUACUAGUAAAUUUAAGUUUUAUACUUUUUUUAAAGUCAGUAAAUUCUUAAAGGCAUUAUGCAAUGCCAUUCAGUGCAGUAAAACUGUUUUAAGGUUUUUUAGAGAAAUUUUUGAGCAUUUUGCCAAUGAUUUUUCUUUUGGAAAAUUGAAAUAUUUGAUAGUGGUAAAUGAUAAUGGUCUGGGUGACUAUUCUAAAAUGUCACUAGGGCUUUCAAAUGGUCAGUGCACAUGACCUUAAAAGUUGGUUUGGCACGUUUUUGGAGCAUUGGCUGUGAUGUUCUAAGUCUAGGGGCUACAUCCCUAGUGAGCAUCCAGGUAAUCACAUCACUGGGUGUUUACAGUCAGUAAGCCCCAAAACAUUUCUGUGGGUUGAAAAGAAGCACCAAAAGUGGUUUGUAAACCAGCCCAAAGAUUGUCAUGAUAGAGAUUAAGAUAGCCAUAUUAGUUAAAGAUAGAAACUUCAGCCACUAGAAUUUCUUGGGUAUUUCCCUCCUGGUCCCAGUGACACUAGACACUCCGGAAAUAAUUUGAUUGCGUGCGUUGGAAAAUAAAUAAUGAGAAUGUUGUUCUGUGUAACUUCUGCCAAGAUACACUAAUUUCAGUAGCUCUCAUUCAUUACAGGGGUACUUACAUAGGAUGUCCCAAUACAUAAUGCCUGUAACUUGAAGUGGGUGACUUGUUCAAUGCUGUGUGUUAAAUGUUUUCUAAAAAUGGCCUUAAAUUUUUCUUCAUAUCGGCAUUUUAUAAUCUUUUUCAUAAGCCUUCAUCUCUACAGUAUUGUUUAUUUCCUGUAAAUGUGUGUUGCUGUGUAUGUGCCUGUAUUCACAUAAUUGCAUUUACAAAUUAUCACAGAAAAAUAGCAUCAAGCCCUAAUAUCUGUAUCCUGUUUGGAGUCUCUGCCUGUUUAUUUUCAGUCAGUUUGAGAUGUGUUUUCAGACAAAUCCUUCGAAGUCUAAAUAUUUGCGUAUAUAAAAUUACUUGUUCUGCCUACUAAAUGAGACUCUGACAUUUCAUUCUUGAUGCUUGUGCAAUAAGGAAAUGCUCUGUGGAAAAUGGAUGUGUUUCAUGGUAACUUCAAAAAGAUUAGUGGCCUCCCCCAACGGAACUCAAUUUUUGAAAAGAACGUUAUUGUUAGUGAACUUCUAAGUGAAAGCUUCUGGCAUUUCUUAAAUUUGGGUUGUCAUUUUUCCCAAUAGUCUUGUCUUACAGCAUCAAUAAUAAAACCACUGUAAAAAUGAAAUAAAUGUGGAGUUAAAGUGUA